AUGCGCCAUCAUUGUGGAUGCUUUCUCGAACCAUCAGUAGUAUUAACCCCUUCUCUGUUCGCUAUUGCUUCAACUCUUGGUGAAUCUAGCAAUCUCAGUGAUCAGCAACAAGCAGUUGAAAUUUAUGAAAGUCUAGUCAAGAAAACUUUGAACCGGUCAAAGAAUUAUGUGAAAGCAGCUGAACACUACAAAGAAGUAAUUCUUCUGGAGCCUAAUCAUAAAGGCGCCUUAUUUAAUUUAGCUCUGCUCUAUCGAAAUCAACUUGGAAAACCGAAUGAUGCUAGCAGUCUUGCCCUUCACCUUAUUCAAGUUCAUCCUUCACAUAUGAAAUCAUACUUACUUCUCGGUGAUAUCGAACUGACAGAAAAGGCUAACACAAAGCAAGCAAAACAGUAUUUUGAACAGGCUCUCAAACUAAACCCUACCAAUAUUCAAGCGAAGCACAACUUCUGCGUCGCUCUGGCAGAUGAAGGUGAGUUGGAACAGUCAGAGUCUUGUCUUUUGGAAGCAAUAGCCAUGACGCCAAAACCACAAAACUACUUGUUGCAACACCUGGAAAUCAUACGUGAACGCCUGCGUUCUCGUGGAAGGCGGUCCCUUUCUAGUUCAACCGAUGAUGACUAA